AAGGCCAGCCUUCUCCGGCCCGGCAGCCUCAGCAACUUUGCCGGGGAGGGCGGGGGCCGCGCAGUUGCCUAGCGACGGCGCCUGGCCGGCCUAGUCUCAAAGCCGCCUCAGUUGAAGGCCGCCGCCGGCGGUGCUUCUUCCCGGACUCGCUUCGCCUUCCGGCUGCUUGAGUCUCUUCUGCGGCCACCCUCAUGUUGUGGAUGCCACUGAGCGGGAGCGCCCACCACGAGGUCCCGCAAGCGGAGACGCCGCCGCCGCCGCCGGCAGAACCAGAGCGGGCAGCUGCAUGGGCGAGGAGGCCUGUUCAAAGUCAUUAAAAAGAAUGGAAGAUUUGUCACUGAAAAGGAAGUUCAGCUACAAGAGAGUGAUUUGAAAUGGCAGAACAGGCUUUUCAUAACAGUGAUAAUAUUUACGAUUUUGGGCACUCCCUCUACCCAAAGCUGCUGAAUACUGGCUGGGCAGUUUCUUGGAGCUAUCCUAGAAAACAACUAUCCACUUCUCCUUCAUAUUGUCCCAAGAAGUAUUGAUUUCUCAAGCAGAGAUAAUCAUAAAUGGGCUUCUAACUCGGCAUCCCUCAGAAUUCCUUUCCGCUUUGCAAUUGUUUUUGUGACUCUCACAAAUCAAGACUGGUUUAAGAAGCAAGCCACAAGAUGAUGCAGCAGUGCACACAUUCCAGGCACUUUUGGCACUGAGAGCAAUUUGAGGGUAUCUCACCAGAAGGUCAACGUGAUGACGGCCUGGUCUAUGGUGGAAAGGCUGAAAAUGGAGAAGAGGCAUUCCCAAGAUGAGAGGACUGUUGAGCAAGACAGCAGGGAUUGCAGCACUGAAUCUGAAGAAUGGACAAGCUCCGAGAGUGAAAAUGAGAAACCUUGCAUCAAGAACAGCUCCAGCAACACCCUGCCUAGGGAGAAGGACAUUCCCCUCCACAAGCCUCACCGGCAGCUUUGCCGCUCUCCUUGCUUGGAUCAGCCCAGCUUCUCCCAGAGCAGCCUUCUUCAGGAAUUAAAACUGGAAGAUGGUAAAGUGAAUUCGGACAAAGAAUAUCAAGCGAAAAUUGAUUUCGCUUUAAAACUGGGCUAUGCAGGGGAUCAGAUUCAAGCUGUGUUGAACAAGUUAGGGGCGGAUGCUCUGAUCAAUGAUAUUUUGGCUGAACUUGUGAGGCUUGGCAACAAGGCUGAAAAUGAAGGGCCGGGUAGCCUUGGAAGUAGUACUGCUCCCACGGUUGGAACAGCUGCCAAAGAGGUGACCAGCCCCGAGCUGUCCCUGGAGGAGGAUGUUGUGGACAGUUCUGACAACUUGAGGCCAAUUGUAAUUGAUGGAAGUAAUGUGGCAAUGAGCCAUGGAAAUAAAGAAGGAUUUUCCUGUCGAGGGAUUCAGCUUGCUGUUGAUUGGUUUCUGGAAAAAGGUCACAAAGAUAUAACAGUAUUUGUGCCAACCUGGAGGAAAGAACAGAGUCGACCAGACGCACCUAUUACAGACCAAGAAAUCUUGCACAGAUUGGAGAAGGAAAAAAUUCUUGUUUUCACCCCAUCGCGAAGAGUGCAAGGGAGACGAGUUGUCUGCUACGAUGACCGCUUUAUAGUGAAGUUGGCCUAUGACUCUGAUGGCAUCAUUGUGUCCAAUGACAAUUACCGGGACCUUCAGAAUGAGAAACCAGAAUGGAAGAAAUUCAUAGAGGAACGGCUGCUUAUGUAUUCCUUUGUAAACGACAAGUUUAUGCCACCUGAUGAUCCAUUGGGACGCCAUGGCCCUAGUCUUGAAAACUUCUUAAGGAAAAAGCCAGUUAUUCCAGAACACAAAAAACAACCGUGCCCUUAUGGAAAAAAAUGCACGUAUGGGCACAAAUGUAAAUAUUACCACCCUGAACGGACAAACCAGCCCUUGAGAUCUGUCGCAGAUGAGCUUCGCAUCAGUGCAAAAUUAUCUGCGGUGAAAACUAUGAGUGAAGGUGCCUUGGCCAAAUGUGGUUCAGGACCAGCCCUUUCCAAAGGGGGGGAGAACAUUUCAGAAGUGAAACGCAAUCCUCCGAAACGCCAGUCUGAUCCAAGCAUCCGGUCUGUAGUGGUGGAACCAGAGGACCGGCUGUCAAUGAUGCGGAAGCCUGAGGCCAGCUCUGUCCCAUCUCUUGUUACGGCGUUAAGUGUCCCAACGCUUCCACCUUCUAAAAGCCAUGCAGUUGGGGCCUUAAACGCUCGGUCAGCGAGUAGCCCCGUGCCUGGGUCUUCUCAGUUCACCCAUCAGAAAUCCUCCCUAGAACACAUGGCCAGCAUGCACUACCCUCCAAUCUUGGUCACCAACAGUCACGGGGCUUCGAUCAACUACACGGACCCAUAUCCCAAAUACGAAUCUUUGGGAGACCACGGCUAUUAUUCUAUGCUCAACGACUUUUCCAGUUUGAACAUUAGCAACAUCCAUAACACAGAUUAUUAUGGAGUCGAUCUAGACCAAGGUAUCUACUCAAGAAAUUCAAGCCCUGACAAUUGCUUAAGCCAUGCAAGUAAUGACUCUUACUCUUCGUAUACCGACCUGUACCUAGGUGUAGGAGAUGUGGGUUCAGAGGAUCACGCUAAAGUUCCUAGAAUUCCAUCGCAAAACCGACUUCAGCCUUUUUCUCACGGCUAUCACGAGAGUUUAACUAGAGUUCAGAGCUAUGGCACUGAAAGGCCCAAACAUACUUCACGCAAGCAUUCAGCUUCUCAUUUAGCAUUGCACGUUCAACACCCUCUUGUUGGGGCACGAUCCAGUUGCCCAGGGGACUACCCAGGGCCUCCAAACGUUCACCAAUCAUCAGCUACGGCCCAACCGAGCCGUGCACUAGUUAUGACAAGGAUGGAUAGUGUUUCUGAUUCAAGACUUUAUGAAAGUAACCCUACUCGGCAGAGGAGACCCCCACUCUGUCGAGAGCAACACGCCAGCUGGGAUCCAUUACCAUGUGCAACUGACGCCUAUUCUUAUCAUUCCUAUCCCUUGAGCAACAACCUCAUGCAGCCAUGUUAUGAGCCCGUCAUGGUGAGGAGCAUGCCUGAGAAGAUGGAACAACUCUGGCAUAACCCUUGGAUUGGGGUUUGUGGGGAACCCCACGAACCACACGUUAUCCCAGAGCAUCAGUACCAGACCUAUAAGAACCUCUGUAAUAUUUUUCCUGCUGGUGUUGUCUUGUCUGUGAUGGAGAAGAAUCCACACAUGACUGAUGCACAACAGUUGGCAGCUAUGAUUGUUGCCAAAUUGAGAACAGGGCGUUAGCAUGGUAUAUCCCUUUGAAUUCCUGGAGAGAAAUACUGACUGCACCAAACCAACGUCCUUCAGGAGGUACCCGUGAUCCUAUAGAGAUAUUCUCUGUUUUGGGAAUAGUUUCCCGCUCUGGUAUGCCACUCUGUAGAUUGUUUUGGCAAUUGCAUUGAAUAUGUGGUUGAAGAAUUCUGUAAAAAGCAGAUUGUAUUAUAAGUAAGUAUUAAGUAAUUUUUUUAAAGCUGGGACUUUUUUUAAAAAAAGGUGUAUUUUACAUGAAGUGCAUACUUUUUGCAUGGAUAUAUACUGUUUCUUGAAUCCAAAAAGUCCUAUGUUUGAAAUAAGUCCCUCAAACUUAUUAGCAAUUAUAUUGCAUGAGUGAGUUUUGUAGUUUGCAGUGUUAACUGACAAGCUGCUCCAAGGAAAAUGCGCUGUGUGCAUUUGAACAUCCUCACACACUGAAGGUUGCCUGUUCUACCCCAUCAGCUGCUGUGUCUUAGUGGAACAUGGUGAGCACUUCUGAUCUGAACAACUCUCGCUUUUCUGGCAAAUUCAGUUUGUGCACCCUGGAGAAAUCUUUGCUCUCCAAGUGAGGAAAAUGGAAAGACAGAUUUAAAUGGGGGAGACUCAUUGCAUGGAUACACAACUAAUGGGGUGCUUUGGAUUUGGGGGGUCUUUAGGUUAAGCCCUUUGGGACAAGGACAUCCAUGUCAAAUAGAUGACAUGAAAGCAAGUAGGACAAAUCUCAGCUAAACCUUAACCAUCUCAUUUCCACAUAAAUCUUGUUAAAAUUGCCAGGCGUGAGUUUUAAAAUACAAUUAAUUGUACAAUUCAAUUCUUUACAAUCCAAAGGCGGUAUAAUUGUAGCAUCCCAAAUCAAAUUCCACAUUUCAAUUUAGCCCAAGUACAAUUAAGUACAAAAUGAAUAAAGAUUUUUUUUAAAGGAUUGCCGAUAAAUGUCGAUGAUAGAAGAUGGAGUUGUUUUCCAAAAUAUGCUACAGAAUUGAUAAACCUGUUUCAAUUUUUCACUUUCUGAUCCAUGCAAAGGUAUGCAUUUGCUUCUUUGGAGCUGUUUGACUGGCUCAAAUCAUCUCAGCAAAUGUUUGGGUAUUUUUGCUCAAGAGCGGGCAACUUUUGUAGCUGAAUGUCUCCUCUAAGAGACAUUUAUCCAGGUAGUAGCUUUUCCAUUUUCUUUUUUUAAAGCUGCACUGAAUGGACACCCUUUUUAAAUCCAAACAUGUCUUUGAACAUUUUGAACCAUUACUAACUCGAUAUGUCUCGAGCUAGGACUUGUUGACUUCUACUGUAGUUUUUUUUCAUGAAAGUCGAGAAGGCCGAGUUACUGGCCUUUGGUUUCUUCAUGAGAAGGUGUGAUACUGCCUAAAUGUUUCUGACUAGGAAACACAUGGAAUGCGAGGCUGCCGUCAGGGUUGUUUCUGGUGUUUUGAGAAUGGCUUCCAAGCUGCUUUCUGUAUUUUUAUUUUCAGACCCAGGGGAUUGGGGCUGUGAGGAAUAAUCCAAAGGGUGUUUCAUGUUGCUGGAAUAAUUCCCAGCAAUGCCCAGAAUGGCUGCUUAAUUUAUUUCUGUUCGGCAUCAGGUAGGAUAUUCGAGGUGGAUCUAGACAGGGAUGACAUCACUAACUGGGUCAUUCUAUCUCGGUGUCCACAACAAGCAUAAUUGUUGGACAACAAGAAAGAACUUGUUUAGAUUAUUGAGAUUCUGCUAAACAUAUUAAAGAAGGCUACCCAGGGGUAGCAUCUCUCCAGAAUAGUGUUUUUCAACCUGGACAACUUAAGAAGUGUGGACUUCAACUCUGAGAAUUCAGAGCCAAUAUGAAUUCUGGGAGUUGAAAUACACUCAUCUUAAAAUUGCUAAGUCUGAGAAACACUGCUCUAGAGGGAAGAAUGACAGUAAUUCAUCUAACAACUUUCCAACCACAAGAAACACCUGCCUGUAGCAUGUUUGCUCUUCCACAAAGCUGUCUUCUGAUUUUAAAGACAAGCUUUAUUUCCCUGUAGGAAAAUGGUGGUGGAUCACCUGACAUGACCCCUGCACUUGUCAUGGUACAGCUUUUUUCAAAUUGCUGCUGGCACACUGGUGGCUUUUUUUGUUGUGGCUGCUGAUUGUAUUCAGUUUGGAUGGUGCACCAUGCUGAGCUUACUGCAUAGACCCCAGCAUUCCCAGUUUUAUCCAGUGCUUUAAGAAGCAUCAAAGAAAAAUGCAGAUUUGCCCUUUGGUUUAAUCUGUGCCCUGAAUAUUCUUCACAAUAUUUGGCCCUUUAGCUGUAAAAACUAAACAAAGAAAACCCUUGAGUUAUCUAGAGCCCUUUGUCAAUGAGGACAAAACCCCACUUUUUUUGAGAUUUCUCUUUUAAAAGUAGCUGAGAGCAACACCUCAAAUAACCAGAAAUGACUUUUUGUUUGUUGAUACAAAUUGUAUCUUUCUUGAUUGUAUAAAAAAUGUAUAAAAGCCAUCUCUAGAUUAGCUCAAUAUUGUACUUUCAUCACUAUGUUUGUGACACUGUGUGUCAAAGGGGAGUAGCUCAUGGAGGAUUAUAAAUAUUUUUAUUUAAAAUGGGCACUUAGCAGUUUAUAGAAAAAAAAUAACAGGCAAAUUUUGAAUUCCAUUUUAUUAUUAUAAUGCGCACUGCUAAUGUGUGUGCAUUUAAGAGCAUUAUGCUGCAUAAAUUAUAUAUUGUCUAUUUAUUAAUACAUUCUUGCAGAUUUUUUUUUUGUAAAAUACUCGUGUUAAUAAGGCUUAUGUUCAUAUUUAUACAUGGCUAUUGACUGUAAAAGUGUUAUACAUCCUGCUUUUGUUUUUAAAAGGAUCAUUAUAGAAGUACGGUUUUUCAGUUCAGUGUUGAAAUUUUGUGUGCUCACAUUUUUUUGCAUGGAAUCCAGUUUCUAGAUGUAUAAAAUAGGUGUUUUCAAUUUUAUCCCUAUCGCAAGGUAAUCUUGUAGACAAUUCUAGCAGAAUCUUUCAGCACACCGAAUGCUGAGCAAAAGCUACUGCAUGGGGUUUUUUUAAAAAAAAAAUUAAGGAUGAAAAUAUUUUACUGUCAGUAAAAGCUAUAUAUUAUAUAUUAUAUUGUUAGCAAUAUAUUUAAAAUGUUACAAGUCUCUUGUGUGCUUUCUUGGGAAGUAAUGCUAUGGAGAGGAAGUUGUAUACUAUCUGUAGCACCUCUUUUCCUCAAGGAAGGAAUUCCCUUUUUGAAAAGAAAAUAUUUCAAAAUCUAAUCUGCAAAAGCAAAUAGAGAAUGACAAUUUUAAAACAGUGUCUGGGGCUUUUUUUGCUAAUUAUUUUUCUCUGAAACUGUUGUAACAUUUGUUAAAUCAAUUUACUUCUUUCUGUCUGGAUUUUUUCAAUACCAGUUCCAAACUGACAUUUCACUGCCUUUGUCUCUCAAUGUUGAAUUUCUUCUUAUAUAGAAGGGAUGGUAUAUAUAAAAAAAUCACAACUGCCUAUAUUGUAAAUACAUUUUGCUUUUAAAUGCUCUUUUUGAGAGCAGAGUAUUUAUUUAUUUGUGUAUCAGAAGGCUAUAAUCUCUGUGUCUAUCUUGAAAAACCAGAAAAUCUAUGAAGUAUUUAUUUGCAUUUGAAUUUUCUAUAAUAUACUGUUAAAUCAAUACUUAAUACUGUUUGCUUAGCUAUUGAGAACUGGGAUAGAUGAAAUAAUUUUGAAAUGUGAGCUUCGGUGAUUAUAUACAUAUUUAGUAAUCCUUUUUUGCUUGUAUAGCUUCUAACUAUAGUUAGUCCCUUUGUAGUAUUUACAGUAGUUUACUUUUUUUCAUUGAUAGAAUUAAACAUUACUCUUUAAUUGUUCCCAAAAAGUGUGUGUGUGUGUGUGUGUGUGUGUGUGUGUGUGUAAAAUAAAUAAAUAAAUAAAAUCUUUGGGUUUUUUUCUGUUGACCCAAAUAUAAGGUAAGUCUCAAUGACACAGAAUGAACAUAUAUUUUAAUUGCCUGAUCCAGUGAGACAGGGGUGGACAACUAUGGCAACUUUAUGACCUGUGGACUUUAACUCCCAGAAUUCCUAAGGCAGCAUGCCUUAGGACUUCUGGGAGUUGAAGUCCACAGGUCAUAAAGUUGCCCAUCCCUGCAGUGAGAGGUGUGACAAUGACUUUUAUAAAUGCAAAGAGCAGAGUGUACAUCACAAGUGGUAGCCACGACCACUUCUUUGGAUAGUAGAAUAAGGGAAAAGGAACGUGGGCACCAGGAAAGAUCACUAGCUCUGGGUCAGGGCUGACAUGCAUGUCUUGUAAAUACUAUAAACUGCAGUGCUUUUAUCUGUAGCUGCAUGUAAGCAUUAAUGGGAAAGGCCUUUCUUUUUAAGAAAGCAUUGUCUUUAACUGAAAUGGCCAAGCUCCAAAGCGUCAGCUUCUGGGAGAGACCCCCAUUUUUUCCCUUUACGAGACAAUUCACACUUUUGCAUAUUGCCUUGACAUAUAUUUGCAUGUGGUUGGUUGUUAAUACCGCUUUAUCAAACCAGUGAUGAUCUUAGCUUGGCCUGAAGUUAUCUUGGUUGCUUUCUGGUGGUCACUAACCACAGAGCAAAUAUACUUGUCAUUGUGUUAAAUGCCUCUCCCUUGUACCAAUAGCAUCCAUCUUUGUAUGGGACUAAUUGAAAGAGGAACAGUUUUUGUUGCACUGUUGAUGGAUGCCCAUCUUGACUUAAUGCUGUAGUCUGAGCCACCAGAUAAGGAUGAGAAAACAAUAUAAAUAUAUACUACUGAAUGCUUAGCACAUUCGACAUUGUUACAAGACUUGCACAGUGGUGCCCUCCAAUUAGUUAAUGUUAAACUACUUUGUGUGGUUUUGCAAGAGCCAUAACCAGUCUUGGAACAAACAGCUGUUGGUUGUUAGAUGGUGUCUCUUUUUUUUUAAUCCUCUUUCAUAGGCUGCUAUUUCUCCAUUGAUGCACUUUGUUUUUGCAGUCUUCGAGGAUGCUAAUAAUCACUUAACCUGCUUACCAUUCUAGCCUGCUUGAACCUUUGGUUUCUAGGGACCUGUCUGGGUAAGAAUGUUUAUUCAAUCCUUAUCUUAGGACUUUUCUCUACUGUUGUUGGAAUAGUUCAAAUUUCUGUGUAACCCCCUUUGUAGAGUUGCUUUAUAUCCAGUAAUUAAUGUGUAUUCAAUAAAUAAUCCACUGGGACUCAGACUCUGAAACUG